GGCUCAGGCGGGCAGCCGAUGGCGACUCGAGCAGGGUUUGGCCGCCAACCCCUCCGGCUACGGUCCCUUGACGGAGCUCCCGGACUGGUCGUACGCGGAUGGCCGCCCUGCUCCCCCAAUGAAAGGCCAGCUUCGAAGAAAAGCCCAAAGGGAGAAGUUUGCAAGACGAGUUGUACUGCUGUCACAGGAAAUGGAUGCUGGCUUACAGGCAUGGCAGCUCAGGCAGCAGGAGAAGUUGCAGGAAGAAAGGAAACAGAAAAAUGCUCUUAAACCCAAAGGGACUUCACUGCAGAGAGAAUGAGGAUUUGGCUGGAAGAAAAAGAAAAGAGACCUACUUCCAGUCAAUAAAAACCAACUCCUGCUCCCCUUCCCCAGGCUCUCUGGCUUCCUUUCCUAUCACCUAGAUGCCUCCUCAUAGCCAAAAGAGAGUCUUUGUGUUCCCCAUCUGUCUUUAGAGCAAAAGAGUUCAGACACCAGGAAGAACAGGCUGUAAGGUCGGUCACUGCCUGGGAGGUUUGGCCUAGCGCCCUCACCCUUGGAUCCAUUCCAGUUCAACCGAAUCUUGCUCUGGGAUUUUUAUCCCCUCCUGUAGACUGUAGGAUUGCCCCAACUAUGAACAGUAACUGCUCUACAAACAUGAAAAGGGGACAGCAGUUUUUCCUGGGUUUAGGCUGAUACUCAACCCUUUGACAGCCCAUACACAGCACAGCACAGACCACUUGCAGUUGGCAUUCAAUAAAUGUUCUGAUGAAAAAGGC